AAUGAACUGCGCUCAUGGGCCGCUUCCGGCUCCGCUCCCCGUUCGCCCCUUCCCCAGGUCUCCCCGCGACGGGCGGGGCGCGGGGUCGGGCGUCGGCCUCGGUGACGCGCCGUGGGCGGGGAGCCAAUGGGAGGCGGAAUGGGCGCUGAUGGACGGGGGCAGCAACCAGUGGCGAGGCGCUGGCUACACUUCCCGUCGGGGAGAGAGUGUAAUAUGGCGAAGACCUACGAUUACCUGUUCAAGCUGCUGCUGAUCGGGGACUCGGGGGUGGGGAAGACCUGUGUCCUGUUCCGCUUCUCCGAGGACGCCUUCAACUCCACUUUCAUCUCCACCAUAGGAAUUGACUUUAAAAUUAGGACUAUAGAGCUUGAUGGCAAGAGAAUUAAACUACAGAUAUGGGACACAGCUGGCCAGGAACGGUUUCGGACGAUCACAACAGCCUACUACAGGGGCGCGAUGGGCAUCAUGCUGGUCUACGACAUCACCAAUGAGAAGUCCUUUGACAACAUCCGGAACUGGAUUCGGAACAUUGAGGAGCAUGCUUCUGCAGACGUCGAAAAGAUGAUACUUGGGAACAAGUGUGACGUGAACGACAAGAGACAAGUGUCCAAGGAACGGGGAGAGAAGCUGGCUCUGGACUAUGGAAUUAAGUUCAUGGAGACCAGCGCGAAAGCCAACAUCAACGUGGAGAACGCAUUUUUCACUCUUGCCAGAGACAUCAAAGCAAAAAUGGACAAAAAAUUGGAAGGCAAUAGCCCCCAAGGGAGCAACCAGGGAGUCAAAAUCACACCAGACCAGCAGAAGAAGACCAGCUUUUUCCGAUGUGUUCUUCUGUGAGGAACACCGCCUUACUCUGAGCCUUGCUCAGCCGAGCUGACUGUGCCUGUCCUGAGUGAGCACCUCACUCAGCCGGGGCCCUCCCCCCUCCAACGUUCCCGCUGUGGCCACUGGGCCCAUGGCCUCUGGGCCCACGGCCGCUGGGCCUGCGGCCACCAGAACACAAUUGAGAAAUCGUUUAUUUUAGUAACUGUCUGAUCUUUUUCAAGUUUGGAGAUGGAAUAAGUUAAGAAUUUGGUAUUUUUCCUGUGACAUCCGCCGAACUGGCCCACACAUCGUGAACCUAAAGAGAAAGAUGAGACGACGUGACCAACAUGACCGUCAGUAGCGACUAAUGUGGAGGGCCUCCACCUCUGGGGUGUGGCACAACUAAGACCCCACCAGAAAGCCCAUCUACGUCCCCCACCGCAGAAGCGAGGUCCUCAAAGGCCAGUGAUGAUUCCAGGAGUGGCUAGCUCCGUACCCUCAGUGAGGUGACCCACACCAGACCUGGGAAGCAUCCGCUGACAUAGCUGACGCCUGCUUUCACCUUUCCUCUCAGUUUUGGACAAGUGACAAAAAACAUUGUUUCUUCCCCACCCGCCCCCCACUUUUUGACUCUCAAACCAAAGGGAAGCACAAAUUAAGGAAAUCCUGUGUAAAGCGUUCAGCAGUGGAGGGGCCUUUCCUGUUCACAGCCAGGCCUCGUGCGUGGUCAGCAGGCCUCUCAGCAGUCCCAGUCUGAUCACUGGGGGGGCACCGCGUGUCAACGGGUGACCCCGAAAAUGCAACCACACACUGUCCACCUGUGAUUGGGGUGUCAGCCUUGGCCCCCAAACUGUUCCUACCCUUCUUUGUCCUUCCACAGUCUCCAAAUUGGAUGUUCUUUCUAGCUGAGAUUUUUAUUUUUCCAGAUCUGUAGUGCCAUGAAGUGAUUUUGUCUUUGAUUUCCAGCAGCAGACCCAGGUGAUGGGACAUGUGCACACCUGUGGCUGGAUGGGGCCAAGAGCUCAGAGUGUCCCCAACAGUAGACCGACCACAGAGCUGUCUAGGCUGGCUUUUAACUGCUGUCACUGGUUUUGUUCUGACAGCUCUGCCUUCCCAGAGUGCAAUUGGGACCAGAUCACCAGGUCCAAGGGGUGUUCAGGGAGCCUUUUUCUUUUUCUUACCCCUCCCCGCAAAGUGCUAUCAACCCAAGCCAUUGGCGUCAUAAUUUUUUCUUUUUUGAAUUAAAACCAACAUACCAGCCAUA